AUGGCUUCUUUCUUUCUUUUUCCUUUCUGUCUCUUGUUGUUCUUCUGUUGCGUUUUCUUGUCCUUUUCUUGUGAAAAGCUUCGCAGCAAAUUAUGUAUUUCCGGUUCCUUUUGCCAUUUAUUAACUUCUUUAUUCUCAUUCCCAUUUUCUUGUUUAUUUUUCUAUGAUUUAUUCCUUUCGAUCCAAUUCAUAUUUUCCCUUCCUUACAAAUUCUUUCGUUCUUUUUUCGCUUCUUUUGCUUCUUUUUUGUUAAUAUCUAUCUAUCUAUCUAUCUAUCUAUCUAUCUAUCUAAACCUGUUAUCUAUCUAUCAUAUCCAUCUAUCUAUCUAUCUAUCUAUCUAUCUAUCUAUCUAUCUUUAUUUAUUUAUUUAUUUCUAUCUAUCUAUCUAUCUAUCUAUCUAUCUUUUUUAUCUAUCUAUCUAUUUCAUUGUGUUAUUCUAUUCAUCUAUGGACAUAUCUAUCUAUCUAUCUAUCUAUCUAUCUUUAUUUAUUUAUUUAUUUGGACAUUAUAGAAUUCUUAUUUUUCUUUUUUUUUUCUUUCUUUUUUUUUCAUUGUUUUUAUUCUUUCUUUUUAUUUGGAUAUGUCUUUCUUUCUUGUUCUUCCUUUCUUUCUUUCUUUUCUUUCUCUUCAAUCUCUUGAUAAUUCUUUCUUUUUUUUCUUUCUUUUCUUUUCUUUCUUUCUUUCUUUCUUUGGACAUGAUAAAAUCUCUUGAUAAUUCUUUCUUUCUUUUUUCUUUCUUUCUUUCUUUUUUGGACAUGAUAGAAUCUCUUGAUAAUUCUUUUCUUUCUUUUCUUUCUUUCUUUCUUUCUUUGGACAUGAUAGAAUCUUGA